AUGCAACGCAGGUACUAUGAUUCUUUCAGAGCAUGGACUCGCCGUCUGCCGAUUAGUGGGUGCAGAGUUUUAACAGGCCGUCACAAAUCGCCCAAGCCUCUGGAAACCUCCAGGAGGGGAAGCAUUGCUUUCCCCUGUCACCAUGUUUUCCGCAAUCCGCGGCUGACCACCACUGCGAGACUAGCUGCCUCCGACCGUCCACAAGGAUCAAACACUGCCGCUCUGAAGGUUAUUGUCGCCUACGUCUUGAACGUGAAGGUUCUAACGACAGGGGACUCUUCGUUUCAACAACUUCAAAAAGAAAGAACUAGUCUUCCGGUCCCUACCUCAAUUUCGAGCUAUUUCGCCGACAGUCGGCGAUUGCUCGUGCACUUCUUCCAUCGCCGCCGAGGAAAACUUUGCAGCGGCCGUUGCCGAACCGGAGCACCCUGCCGGUGUGCAACCCUUCCCUGCAGCUGA